CGGUGAACUUGUUCAUCGGUUCACUAGUUCGCGCGCCGAAUGUUUAUUGUUUGUUUUGCCGUCGUUCCCGCAUUUCGUAUUUGUCAAUUUCCCCAAAAAGUAUUGUGGGUUUUGUGUUAUUUGUCGCACAGUUUUCCAGAAAUGGCUCAAGAUCUGAAAUCCCAGCUGACAGAGUCACCCGAGAACCACAAGAGAAAGGACUAUCUGCAUUGGGAUGACUACUUUAUGGCCACCUCCCUGCUAUCCGCUAAACGCAGUAAGGAUCCCGUCACCCAAGUGGGCGCCUGCAUCGUAGACUCACAGAAUCGGAUAGUGGCCAUUGGAUACAAUGGGUUCCCACGAAACUGCAGUGACGACGUGUUUCCAUGGUCAAAGGCUAAGAAAGGCGCGCAGGACUUUGAUCCCCUGGAAGACAAGAAGAUGUACGUGGUCCACGCGGAGGCCAAUGCAAUCUUGAACACCAAUGGCAUGAGUUUAACUGGAACCCGACUGUAUACUACACUAUUUCCCUGCAAUGAAUGUGCCAAACUCAUCAUACAGGUGGGGAUUUCUCAGGUGCUUUAUUUGUCCGACAAGUAUGCGGAUAAGCCCACAUAUCGUGCAUCCAAGCGAAUGCUGGAUGCAGUGGGCGUGGGGUAUAAGCGACACAUGCCCCAAGAAAAAAGUAUCAUCAUUGAUUUUGACACGUUCCCAGAAGAAGAUCCGAACGCGUCUCUGGGCCUUAACGACCUCCAUUUGUAAUAUACUAAUACAAUGUCGGCUAUAUAGACAACUUUUAAAGUGUUUUAAGUAAGUUUGACGUAAUCCGAAUAAAUAUGUAGACAAGUGAUGAUAAAAUU